AAAUAUUCCGUUGAAUUCCUCCAGUGCCUCUUCUUUUAACAGUACCGGCUUUUCUCAAGUGUAAAUAAGCUCGAAUUCACUCAGAACGAAGUAGAAACGGCGUGAAAGCAUUGAUCAUGCGCAAUCACGGAAGGAAGUUUUUCGUGCAAAACACGAAACCCCCGCUGGAAAUGAUACUGUAUCCAGGCAUCCUUGAAACCUAACCUUAUUUCGUGCAUGCAUCUCGCGGAAAAUGGAAUUCCCGAACUGCAGGAACGCGAUCAACGAUCCCAACCAGUGCCGCUUGUGUAUGCGAGUGUGCGAGGACAAUUUCCUGGAAUGCAUAUUCUCCGACAAGGAGUACAGCAUUGCCCAUCAGAUAUUCGAAUGCACAUCGAUACGUGUCACCAAGCAGGACAACCUUACCAAAAUUUGCAAAAAUUGCGCCUCGCUGCUCUUCAUGACGACGGAGUUUCGCAAUGCCUGCUUCAAAACAAACCGCCUGCUAAUGGAAGAUUUCGUCAUCCUGGAGCUGGGCGACUGGGCGACAAAUGCCAAUCAGCUGAUGCUGAAGGAGUGCGAAAAUUUCAUCGUUCGGCACAAGCAGCAAGUGGACUACUUGUACUCCAGCAUCGUAACAGACAGCGAGCAGUGUCUGGAAGGAUCAUUGGAGAUCGGUACGGAGCUGUUUCGCAGCGAAAGUCAGCAGGCUGCCGACCAGCAAGCGGUCGAACCUACCGGCCGGCACCAGGUGGUUGCAACGCGGGAACGGAUCGUGCCGGAAGAGCCGGAUCCGGAAAUUCUGAUGGAAAUAACCAAAUUCCUCGAAGAGCAAACACCCACCGCCCAUGAAAACCAGCUGGGGCGGGUACAACAUGACCAGCAGGUGGCUUCCAUCAAUAAUGCAAAGGCGAAUCAUUCGCCUUCGCCGGACAACGCCAUCGGAAGGGAUAAAAAAAGCUAUAAGCGCUACAAGAUCACGUGCCACAUUUGUGGCAAGCAGUACGAUAACUGGAAACUUCAAACGCAUCUCAACGAGCAUGGCAAUAUUCGUCCUUAUGCCUGUGAUCAUGAAGGGUGCAGCAGCUCGUUUACGGGCCUCGUGCUGCUUAAUCGACACAAGAAACUUUGGCACACGGACUACUAUUACGCAGCGUGCAGUGUGUGCGGUAAGAAGUGCAAAACGCAGGGAAUUUAUCAAACGCACAUAUCCUACCACGAGGAGCCUAAACUACCCUGUACGGUUUGCGGCAAACUGAUGCGAAAUAAACGAGCAAUUUGGAAACACAUGAAAACGCACAGCAACGAUCGGAAACACGUGUGCAGCAUAUGCAACAAAAAAUUCACCAUCGCCUACACGCUACGGGUGCACAUGCGAAUCCACACCAACGACAAGCCCUAUCCGUGCGGCAAGUGUGAGAAACGGUUUCAGUACAAGUGUCUGCUGAAAAGUCACUAUCAGAAGAAUCAUGGCGAAGAGUUAAGCUCAAAUAAGACUGAUCCAAAGUAG